AUGAAUCCUCGAACAGCCACUGCACAAGAAUCAAUCUGGCGGCCGUCAGAAGAAAUCCAGUUCCAUAAGACCAUCAGAGCGCUAUGGAAGAGGACGAAAGGAAGGCCUAAAGACCCCCAGACAUACCCUAUUCCAACCUCAGAGAUUCCAGACGGCGAUAUUUUCCCACUGGUGGUUGAGCUAGAGGUUGCUAACGGCGUUGCUUUCAUCGCCGCAACCAAAAAGGGGGUGAAACAGGUCUCAGCGACUGCGAUUGAGAGACCACGGUGGCCGUCUGAUGGGCUGAGAUUGAAUCUAGCUGCAAAUGAAGAAAUUCAGCAAAUUGUGAGAGAUAAGAUGGACAGGGUGGUCGCGAUUUUGCGAAAGGCCGCUAAAGGAGCAGAGAUUACUUUGAGUCAGUCCAACGAUGACAUUCUGAACUUAAUCAUACAACUCAACCAUACUCGGAUCGAUACCCGUCUCAAAAAUAAUAGAUCCCGUUACGUAGUUUGGACAGGGUUGUCGGGCAUAUUGCACAGCUUGACUAAAAGGCCAGACUCGGACCAACAAGCCGUUCUCCUUGACCGUCUUCGAAAACUGUGUCGGUCCUUGAAAGAUUAUUGUGAGCGCGCUCAAAGAUUGAGGACAGCCGAGGAUAUCAAAACACUCGUCGUUGCAUGCUAUGACUUCUUUGAUAAGACCUCCACCGGGGGAACUAUGAAGAAUAUGCUGCAACAGGUCGGCAUCAAUGUUGACGAGUCGCGAGGAGAUCCAUCCCUUCGACAGAUCGGGAAGAUUGCAAGCUACUGUCACAUUGCUAGGAGAUUAAGUACGAUCGCCGCGCACCGAGAGUUUCGAUCCUUCUUUACCAAUAUUAGUAUCCGAUAUCUACCGGCGUAUCCAACGACCAAGUUACCCAUUCCUGCAGCUGACGGAGGAAGUCGAGAUUGUCGCGUGCAUGCAGAAGUGCAACUUGUGGCUAACCUAGACGUCACAAGACCUUCGAAGUGGAUGGGUCCUCGGGGAAUUGGUUCUAGCAAAGCAGCAUGCUUCCUUUGUGAAUUGUUCAUCAAUAAGCACGGAGGAUAUUUCGUUCCCCGAACUCACGGCAAACUGACUCCGCGCUGGACGAUUCCGGAUCUGGAUCAGUUCAGUCGUAGUCAACUAAGUCAAUAUCGGAACAUCAUUGGGGCGAUGAACCACGAGCUCCAAAGUCUAGUGGAUCUUCCUCAUCCACGCCGACUGGAUCCCGCCAUGAGUUGGCAGGCUUUCUCGCAGUUUGACCUCGUCCCGAUCUGGCCGAUGGGUGUCGAUAACAUCACCUCUCGGCUUUCAGUCGAAAACACCGCUUCCAGGGCUUCAGGGUUUCUAGAAUGUAAGAACGCAAAGCUGGUGGCAGUGAAGUCGACAAAAUCAGACUCGGGUGCGAUCGGCAGUGAGGUUCACCUCCGACACGACACAACUGUCUUGCCAAUUAGUGCCGUCUCAGUGAGAGGACCGAGCCCAACCAGCAUAUGCUUAGAGAAAUCGAGCGAUCGUUCAUUACUGAGAGAUACUUGGGGACCGCAAACCGCUUCUUCGAGCAGUGAGCGGAUUCACAAAUUACAACACUUACCGAACUGGGAAACCCAGCGGCAGGUUCGACCUCUCACGAAUCUCGAUUACGAACAGCAUCCCCGAGCUGCACGAGUCAUAGAAGAUCAUGAGAGUCGAACCUGCGACAUGCCGUUCGAAUGCGACAUGAUGGAUGAUCGACUGCUAAGUCAGAGCAACAAGCCACAUUCGGACGGCAUGUGUCGAAGAAUCGACUUUCAUGACAUGGAGCUCUUCCUUGAGAUUGAGUAUCCAGCGACUGCACAGGUUGGUAUUAUUCAAUGCUUAAAGCCUGACGCAUCAGAAUCCCCAAAAGUAAUUGAGGUUGAGAAGAUUGAGCCUGGAGCGAAGCUUGAGAUUGAUAUAGGGGAAGAUUUGGCUAGUCCACGAUCUAUCUUCCUGCUCAAGAGGGACAACAAAGGAAUGGAUAAAUGGUGGGAGUGCCGUUGGCAGAAUUGUCGCGAGGGUAAAAAGCAAGCUACGAGGUGA